UCGUGGCUAAUUGAGUUUCAGGCGACAUUCAAAGAUGCAAAAGAUGCAGAAGAUGCUUCUCGUAGUGUGCGCGCUGUCGCUACUACCGCUGCCACUGGUGGUCGUGGCAGAGGAGACGCACUGUGGUGGCACGCCCGACCGAUUGUGUGAUGUGAAACCUGGGGCAUUCUACUACGAGGAGCCACCGACCACAGAUUCAGCGGUGUCAUACAAGCAAUUGAAGACCAUGUUUCCCAGCAGCAGUAUUCAACUGUUUGAUGUCCGCAAUCCGGAUGAGUUUGAGGCUGGACAUAUUCCUGGCUCCACCAAUGUCCCACUUGGGGAACUCCAGGAGGCGCUGAGGCUGAGCCCGGACCAGUUCAAACAGAGGUUUGGAGUACAAGCCCCUCAUAAGGAGGAUAGCAGCAUUGUGGUCUACUGCCAGAGGGGUAGACGGAGUGCUACUGCCCUUGACAUAAUGUGGGCUCUGGGUUUCAGCAGAGCUCGUCACUAUGCUGGAGGAUACAGUGACUGGGUCCAGAAUGAAGAGCAGUGAGGUGUUUCAAGUGCUGCAGGGCCAUUCUGUGUGUUUGAAUUCUGCUUAUUGGAACAAAAUAUAUUUAGGAAGCAUAGCCAUUAAAUCCUUACUUCAGAGUAGGGGAAAUGCUACACUGGAAAUGACAACUCAAUGAUGGUCUUAUUUCAUAGUAAUUGAUUGACGAAAUGGUUGCGUAAAUUGUCCCAAACCAAAUAAAGGUCAGGUGUGUGAAUGUUA